UUGAAAUGAUGAUGAAAUUAGUUUUGAGCAAAAUGUACUUGGUCAAUGCCAAGUUUUUGUGAUGGACACGGUUAUGUUGGGGUUUUUUAUUAUCGGUUGUGCCACUAGUUGUGCCAAAUUUUGGCACUAGAAGUUUCAAGUACUUGAAAAAUGCCAUCCCUCUGUUAAGUCUGUGCUUAGAAAUAGUGGCAGAACUGAUUAUAAAAACCGUUGGCCGUGGUAUUUGGGUCAUUUCACUCCAGUCAAUGGGCCGAUGGGCGAGUUGCAUUUUUGAGCACCUAUUUAACGAAAGGAUGAUAUUUUUGAGAUGUUGAAACUUAUAGUGGCAAAAUGAAGUAGUGUGACCCAACUAACGGUAAAAUAGAUAAAAACCCUCGUGUCAGUAAAUAAUUUUGGUCACAGGCUGUAUUGAAUUAUAACGAAAAAGCUUAGCGAUAUGGAUGUGAACUAGAACAAUUCUUGUUUUAGGUAGAAUCAGAAUAAUUCUUUAUUCGCUAUCAAAAGAAUUAAGCAGAGCAUUUCAAAUUUCAUAUUUCGAAGAGAGUUCACCCAAGGUGAGUGCUGUGUCAAGUUCAAAAAUAGAGUAAGUGGUCUGGUCAACAGUACUGUAGCUGUAGGCUGCUUUUCCUUCCCAAAGCCUGAUCCGAAUGUACUCCGCUCUUUUCGUCGGUACAGAAAAACACCUCCCUCCGUCCCUGCUACUGCUCCUUCCCUGCAAAGCCAAACCAUGGCCGGACCACUCCCCACGCCACCGCCGGUGGAGGAGCCACAGACGGGGGCUGCAAAGUCGGGGACGACGGUCGAUGCCCUCACCGUGGACACGCUCCGCGACAUUCUCCGUCGCCUCUCCGUCGCCGACCUUCUCCGUGCCGCCCUCGCCUGCCACCGCUGGCGCCGCGUCGCCGCACGCUGCAUCCCCCGCACCGCUCCUCUCCUCGGCUACUUCUUCCACCCCACCGCCACGGGUUUGCCGCCACCCAUGCCCAAGUCAUCCAAGGAAAUUGACACCCCCGCCGUCUUCGCUCCCUUGGACGCCUCCGCCCCGAACCUCUCCCUCGACUUCGCUCCGGGGGCCUCCCGCUUCGUGCUCCACGACUGCCACCAAGGCCUCCUGCUUCUCGAACCGUUCGCGUCGCUCCCCAAGGGGACCAUCCCGCGCUUCCUCGUCCUCGACCCGGCCACCCGCCGCCGCGUGCUCCUCCCGCCGCCACCGCGCGACACGGUGCCCGACGACCACCGCUGGCGCCGCUCCAGGUACUACGUCGGCUCUGCACUGCUCUCCCGCGCGCACCCGAGCAGGCUCUGCUUCGAGGUCGUCUGCUUCGCCAUCGACGGCGGGCACCCGCGCGCAUUUACUCCGUCCGUGGACGACGGCCGAUGCAGCUGGCGCGCGCUCCCGCGUACCAUGGAGGUAGAGGUCGGUUUUGACCCCUGGUGGUUCGAGCGACGCUGCGUGCACGCAGCCGGGAAGCUCUACUGGCACAUCUGCAACUCCUACCGCAUGCUCGUGAUGGACCCUGCCACGCUGCACUUGUCCUACCUGCUGGCGCCAGCUGCACUGUCGGACGAUUUCUGCACGUACCGCGUCGGGGAGACGCCGGAGGACGGACGGCUUUGCCUCCUGGCCGUGGAGAGUCGUUCGAGGCAGCUGCAGCUCUGGGUCCGCGGGCAGGCCAGAGGGAGCGACAAUGGGUGGCUUCUGGAGAGGGAGAUGCUCAGCAUGCGUGUGGUGUGGGACGCAGUGCCAGGCCUGCCCAAUGACCUUGCCCACAGGGUCUACAGUGUUUGGCCCAGCGACAUGGACGCGGGGCGUACCGGCAAGGUGUUCAUCAAAACCAUGGGAUAUGGGCGCUACUCCUUACAUCUGGACACCGCCAAGAUCGAGCGCCUGCACACCAAACAUGGCAAGGAGUACGGCCACCCGAUCUACGCCUACUUCCUCGCGUGGCCGCCUGCGUUCCUCGCUCCAGAAUACUGACUUCCCGGUGAUUGGUAAAACCUCCUUCCCUCUUAAGAUACCACUCAUCGACGUUGCUUGAUCAUGUGCUUAAUGCUGCCUUGAGUUGUUCCUUGCAUGUGCAUGUGAUGAUAGGUGCAUUCGAUUUAGUUUACACUGCUGGCGUUGGUAGCAGAUAUAUAUCCAUUUGUUGUCGGAUUUUGCAAAGUUGCCAGGAUUUCUUAUUGCAAGACAGGCCUCUGAAGCCACUGUGCUCAAAGUGGUAACAAAUGUGAAGCAAUCAUUCAAAAUACUUGUCUGUUUUAGAAUUUCUAGUCAUGAUUUCUUUCUCGAUUCCGGUUUCGAUAUAUGCUGGUGGUAGAAGGUCUAAUGCAUACAUAUACAUUAUUCCUCUACAUGGAUCAUAGUCUCUAGCUACACUGCACGCAUGUUCAUUUCUAUCCUGGUCUGUCAUAUUUCGCAUACCAAAGUUUUGGCAAUUUGAUGGAGUUUUUUGAACGAAUCAAAUAUUGCUAUUUGUUACAGCCGUUAACAAGUAUAGAACGAAUAGAGUAAACAUUCCUACUUGUUCUGCUGGUCGCAGCCAUUAAUUAACCAUUAGCUAAACUCUGCCUUAAAAGGAGAGAGCCAGAAAUAACCAUAACGGUGUGUUUCCUAAAAUUUGGUCAUUUUUUUAUUGAAUGAGUAGUAUUUGGUCACUUAGAAGAGCAAAGAAAGCUUAAUUAUGUUCAUCGUCUCAUUAGCACUUAAAUAGUUUUUUUUUCCGCGGAAGUACCUUAUAUUUUGAAUUUUUGAUUGCUUGAAAUCAUUAAAUGCUGUCAGCGGUCUUUUGCUUUACCUGUACAUGGGCUUAAUGUUGUUCAUCAUCUCAUUAGCACUUAAAUAGUUUUUUCCCGUGAAAGUACCUUAUAUUUUGAAUUUUUCAUUGCUUAAAAUCAUUAAAUGCUGUCAGCAUUCUUUUGCUUUACUUGUACACUGGCCUAAUGUUUGUGAUCGCAGUUUGCUUGUACAUAGUCAUGGUUUAAUGUUCUGAAUAGCAAUCUACUGGUCAAUAGUUUUUCAGUUUAGCAAACAGCCCAAUUGAUACAAUAUUCUUCUCAGAAUACUCAGCACCUUUCAGUUCAGCUGAAAUUGUGCAAACUCUCAGAAUACUCUUUCAGAAAAAUUUUUAUUGGAAAAGUGAGUACUCAGGCCUGUUUCAUUUUUUGUAACACCAUCUAUAUAUAAGCUUAAAAUUUUCUUUUGCUUAUCAGUUUAGCUUUUAUGGCUUAGAGCAUUACUAGUAGAACCCUCAAACCCUCAAAUCCUUAAAGCAGUUUUAAGGGUUGAGAAGUGCCACUUUUUGACACUUUUAAGGGUUGAAAAACAGGGGCAAAUACUAGAACCCUUAAACCCAACCCUUAAACUGCUUUUAAGGAUUAGAUUUGAGGGUUCUAGUCUUUGCCUCGACCCCAACCUUUAAAUCUAUCAUUUGACAUCUCAUAAUUUAUGACAACAAGAACACAAUCAACUUCCAAACAAACUACCAAAUGACAAUCAUUGAUGCAUGGUUUAAUAGUUUACAUCACAAAAUCAUCAUCUUCCUCCUCUCAUCGGCACCAUCACCAAAAAGUUGCACCUCGGCGCCAUCUCCUAGACCACAAGCGGGCUCCAUCAAGCAUCUCCAUCGGCACCGGUGGAGUCGUACACACCGCCAUCACCACAACUACUCAUCGGAGUGUCACCUCGAAAAGUAGAGGACGCAACACGGAACAUCCUCUUCCUGUCUGCGAUGUCCUCCUUGGUGUCCUUCCACCAUUGCAAUUGGUCUUGAUCCAUGUCCUUCUUGGACAUCAUAAUGUGCUCUUUCUCUUCCACCAUGAGUUCUUUCCAUACCUUUGCCUCUUUGAGCUUGAUCAUCCUCUCCUCCAACUCGGCCUUGCGCUUUGCUUCUUCACGCUUUGCUUCAACUUGUGCAAGCUUGACCUCUUUCUUCUUCUCGGUGAUAAGAAGCUUCGUCUCCAAUGUCUUCGUUGUCAAUUCCUCUCUUGCCUUCAUCAUGUGGUCCAUCUUCUCCCUUAGGCUUGACGCCUCUUCUUCCAUCUUCACCCUUAGCUUGCCCUUCUUGGUUCCCUCGGGCUUGCCCAAG